AUGGACGAAAUCAACUCAUGCAAUGGCCCUUCUGGACUCGACCCUAACAGACUGGUCGCCCAACCGUUGCUACAAUCAUGUUAUGCCGAGACACUACGGCUUCGGGUUACAAAUGGUAUGGUUCGGCAGAAUGACUCGGAGCCGUUUGUCAUGGGAAACGGCUAUCGGGUUCCAAAAGGCGAGCCAAUGGUCAUUUUCACCCACCACCCUUCUCUCAACGAGGAGUCUUGGAAUUCGACCAGGAGUUCCUCCACAGACGUACCCCUGACCCAAUUUCACGCUGAACGUUUCUUGGUCCCUGACGAUACGGUUGAAGAGAACACAAGUAAUGGCAAUGUGCCCGGAGCCGACGUUGAAGGCGGCAAGUACAAGUUUUCACUCGACGGCCUUGCUGGACUAUGGCUACCUUAUGGUGGCGGACAACGAAUGUGCCCAGGCCGGCAUUUUGCCAAGGCAGAGAUGCUCAGCACCCUUUCAUUGCUUCUAAGUCAAUUUGACUUGGAGUUGAUGGAUACUGACAAGUUCCAGCCAAAGCCUGAUUCAAAUUGGUUUCCGACUGGAGCUCUUCCCCCUGACUGCAAAGUACCUUUUCGAAUGAGGAGAAGGGCCAAGGCAACGUAUGAUAUCGACGGUUAA